UUGCAUCUUUAUCCCAGAAUCUCACACCCUCUGCACCUACCAGUGAUUCAUUUAGUAUUUGCCAUUUUUAAAAAAUCUGGAUUGAUACUGAAGACUUAUGGGUAAAAGAUGCACCCCCUUAAUCCAUGAUGAAUGAAUGCCACUAUGAUAAACGCAUGGACUUUUUUUAUAACAGGAGUAAUACAGACACAGCAGAUGAGUGGUCAGGGACAACGCUGGUCAUCGUUUUAUGCUUUGGGACCUUCUUUUGCUUCUUCAUUUUCCUUUCAAAUUCCCUGGUUAUCGCUGCUGUUGUCAAAAACAAGAAGUUUCACUACCCCUUCUAUUACUUGCUAGCCAAUCUAGCUGCUGCAGACUUUUUUGCAGGCAUUGCUUAUGUAUUCCUGAUGUUCAACACUGGCCCAGUGUCAAAAACAUUAACAGUGAAUCGAUGGUUUUUGCGCCAGGGGCUGCUGGACACAAGCCUGACGGCCUCUUUGGCCAACUUAUUAGUCAUUGCUGUUGAGAGACACAUGUCUGUGGUGCGGAUGAGGGUCCAUAGUAACCUCACUAAGAAGAGGGUCACCUUUUUCAUUUUGUUGAUCUGGGCCAUAGCUAUUUUCAUGGGUGCAGUGCCCACAUUGGGCUGGAACUGUCUCUGCGACAUCUCAACCUGCUCUUCCCUGGCUCCUAUCUAUAGCAGGAGCUACUUGAUAUUCUGGACGGUCUCCAACCUGGGAGUCUUCUUCAUCAUGGUGGUGGUGUACAUAAGAAUCUACAUGUAUGUCCAAAGGAAAACCAAUGUGUUAUCCCCCCACACUAGUGGAUCCAUCAGUCGCAGGAGGACCCCAAUGAAGCUUAUGAAGACAGUCAUGGCAGUGCUAGGUGCCUUUGUGGUAUGCUGGACUCCUGGUCUUGUUGUUUUGCUUCUUGAUGGCUUGAAUUGUACUCGCUGUGAGGUUCAGAAUGUGAAAAGGUGGUUUCUUCUCCUAGCCCUGCUGAACUCAGUCAUGAAUCCAAUCAUUUAUUCUUACAAAGAUGACGAGAUGUCAAGCACCAUGAGACGCAUGAUCUGCUGCUCUUUUGAGGAAAGAAACCAGGAGCGCCGGUCUUCCAGGGUCCCCUCCGCAGUGCUAAGCAGGAGCGUGGAUUCCUCCAGCCAAUACUUAGAAAAUGGCAUUAGUCAAGGAACAAUCAGUGGCAAAGAAAAUACAUGA